AUCUCCGGCCAAGCACCAGCUCUUACGACGAGUGAGGAGUCAACGAUACUUGCGACGCUAGCUUCCCCUCCGUUUGCUCUGUUGUUUCCCGGCCCAUGGCCACCCCAGCUGCGACGCCGCCGGCGAAGAUGCGGGCGGUGCUGUACGACGCCUGCGGCGGAGGCUCCGCCGGCCUCAAGCAUGUGGAAGUCCCCGUCCCUUCAGCGAAGAAGAAUGAGGUCCUGUUGAAAGUAGAAGCUGCAGCCAUCAAUCCACUUGACUGCAAGAUACAGAAAGGGGACUUGCGGCCUCUGCUGCCUCGUAGACUGCCUUUUAUCCCAGUGACAGAUGUUGCAGGAGUAGUUGUGGGUGUCGGUCUUGGAGUGGAAGGUCUCAUAGUGGGGGAUCAAGUUGUGGCCAUGUUGAAGUCUCUUAACGGAGGCGGCCUCGCAGAGUACGCUGUUGCAUCCGCAAACCUGACUGUGAGAAGGCCACCGGAGGUUUGUGCGGCGGAGGGUGCCGGGCUUCCCAUUGCCGCAGGCACUGCGCUCCAGGCGCUGAGGUCCAUUGGUGCCAAGUUUCACCUCGACGGCGCCGGCAGCAAGCCUUUAAACGUGUUGAUCACCGCAGCCUCCGGCGGCGUAGGCCUGUACGCGGUGCAGCUUGCGAAGCUGGCCAACCUCCAUGUCACCGCCACCUGUGGCGCCCGCAACAUGGAUCUUGUCAAGGGCUUGGGCGCGGACGAGGUGAUGGACUACAGGACCCCGGAGGGGGCUAGCCUGCUGAGCCCGUCCGGCGCCAAGUACGAUGGCGUGGUUCACUGCACCGUCGGCGUCAGCUGGUCGUCAUUCCGGCCGUUGCUGAGCGACGCCGGGGGGAGAGUGAUAGACAUCACCCCAAACUUGUGGGCCAUCCUCAGAUAUAUCCUGCACGGGGUGACAUUCUCCAAGAAGCGCCUCGUGCCCCUGCUCGUGUCGCCCAACAAGGCAGACCUGGAGUUCUUGGUCGCCUUGCUCAGGGACGGCAAGCUCAAGACGGUGAUCGACUCGAGGUUCCCGUUGGGCGACGCGGGCAAGGCGUGGCAGACCAGUAUCGAAGGCCACGCGACUGGCAAGAUUGUCGUCGACACACAGAGCUAACCGUCCUCACUUCAUGCUACUAUUACUGUAUAUACAUAAGCGAAGAGGCGUAGCGAAGACGACCAAAACAGUGAGCCAUCAGUUUUUCACAUGCAUUUCAGCCAACACUUUGUGUGCAUAAAUAAAAUCUGAACUA